GAAAAAUUCCACUUUUAAUCCAUUUGAAAACACUCAUCAUGAAGGAAACAAAACUGUACCUCGUUUUACAAACUAAUUCAUCGAUACUUAGUCUUUGUCCGAAUAUCAAGAAUUUAGAUAUAUCAUAUAACUAUAUAUGGAAAAUAAAUUCGCUUGGGCAAUUGCCGCAUUUAACAACUCUCAAUAUAUCUCAUAACUUGUUUGAUAAUGUUCCCGAUGUAGUUACAAAUUUUGAUAGCCUUACCGAACUCGAUUUAUCACACAAUCAAUUAACUACAAUUCGGAAGAAAAUACACAAUUGGAUUGAUACCCAGCAUACCAAAUUUGGAACUUUUAAAUUAUAUCUCAGUAAUAACCCGUUGAUUUGUUCGUGUGGUACAACAACAUUUUUGCGUUGGAUUCUUACAACUAAAGUAAAGUUAAAUGCAAAUGGCAAUUACUCGUGUUGGGUUUCUUCAACUAAAAAAAUCAAUUAUACCAGAAAUGUCGCUGACGAUUUUCAUAAUUAUUUCGUUGACUGUGAUACUGCCGUUUGGAUCAAGUUAGGCAUUUCAUUAUUAGUUUCUGUUUUAUCAAGUUUAAUUUGUAUUACGAUAUUGUAUAAUUUGAGAUGGAGGAUAAUUUUCUUUUUCUUCCGAAAUAUCCGGAGAUUUGCAGAGAAAGGUCUUGAGCUAACUUUUGAUUAUGACGUUUACGUUUCAUAUUCAGAUGACUACAUUUCUUUUGUGAAAGAAUUGCAAAAGAAAGUAGAAGAUGAAUGGGGUUUCAAAAUUUGCUUCGAAGAUAGAAAUUUUAAUGUUGGCGAAUCGAUAGCAACAGAAAGAGCUACUUCCAUUCAUAGAUGCAGACACGUUAUAUUUCUAGUCUCGCCAUCAAUUUUCGAAAAUGAAUGGACUCGUUUUGAAAUCGAGAAAGCAAAGUAUGAAAUGUUUUUCAAAAAUCUGCAGAAUAUUGUUGUUAUUACAAGAGAUACCCCUUUGGAUGAUAUUAUCAUAGAAUUUUUCACCAUUUGGAAAGAUGUAUUUUUAAUUCAAUGGCCAGUCGAGAAGGAUGAAGUACAAAUGGCUUGGCAAAAGCUACGACUUUGGUUCUUUUGAAGUGUUUUGAAGGUAUACAUUUCCAGCUUAAUAUUCAGGAUACACUUAUAUUCAUGUGCGUUUUCUUUUCACAUUGUUAUUCAUGUCAACGUUUUUGAAUAUCGAUUGUUUGUCUCAUGGUUAAAUCAUGGAAACAAAGAGGGAUUGCACAGACAUGAUACACAAUUGGGAUUUGUGAAAAUAAGUAUUAUCAGGACCUGUAUUAAACUGUGUGCAUGGUAUCAAGUAACCCACAUAGUAAUUGUUUUUGUAUAUUUAUAUUACUGAAUAUGUGAUGAUAUAUAUAUUUCAUUAUAGAUAAUUAGGCCUUCUUUUACUCUAGGGGACUCGACAUUCCUACAUUUUACUUUAGGGGAAUGUGUCCAUAAAUGGAUAUUUUUCAUCUUUUUUAUAUAGAAUUUAAUAAAAUUGCUUGGUAACAUAUUAUAUCUUUUCUUGCAAUACAUAUAUAUAGUAAUUCCAGAUUAAAUGGUAAAAAAGGUAUCAUUUCAAUUUUCCAAUAUAGUUCCCUUAAGUAAAGUUGUGCUAUAAUGCCUUAUUUUACGUUAGGGGACUUAAAACCUAUAGACAGAUAAAAAUAACCAAUUACUAUAAAACUGAAUGAUAUAUAUAUAUGAGUCCCUUAAAGUAAAGUAGUACUAUAAUGCAUUAUUUCAUUUUAGUGGACCCACAACCUAUAAACGCAUUUAAAGAAACAAUUACUAUAAAACUGUUUUAUAUACAUACUAGUCUCCUAAAACCUGUAUAUUAUACUACCAAAAACAAUUUUUUUUUAUGAGUCCCCUCUUUUUUUUUACAAUUUUUAAAGUCCCCUAAAGUAAAAGAAGGCCGAUGAUUAUAGUUUUCAUAAAACGUGCACUAUAAUA